AUGUCGUCUUUACCAAACCCAAACCAUUUGACUCCAAAUUUUAAUAGAAGGGGCCAUAGACAUAAACGGUCUCAAGCAAUGUCAGGGGAUUUUGAUGCAAUAGGAUUAGGAUUAUUUAAUUCACCUUCACAUAUUGCCACUAAUGCGCUUGCAUCCUCGUCACCCCCACCGCCACCAAUAUUCUCAAUGCUGGAUGAUUUGGAUAAACAUUACCAGUUCAAUAAUACUGAGGAUUUUUCAAAUAACCCUAAUCAAGGUUUCGCCUUUCCUAAUACCACAAGUUCCGGUAGACUUGAACCAUAUUCAUCUUCCGCCCCUUUGAGUAGUAAAUUCAAUCAACACGGGCCCUCAAAUUCCUUAAAUUCCCCUAUUAGACUACAUCAGAAACGAGGGUUUCAAAAUACUAGCCAUUUCAACAACAAUCCUAAUCAACCCAAGUUUUUUCUAACCAAUGAGACAACCGUGAACAAAGACAAUGUUCCAGAAGCAUUAAUAGAUUUGGACGAUAUAUUCAAGGCUAAUCUACACAUAAAUGAUAAUAGCAAUAGUGGUCCAUUAUCAAAAACUGCACAUUUCCAUAAACGUACAGAACUGGCCCCUGCAAACUUCUAUUAUGAUGACUUUUUGGGGUCUCCUUUCAUUAAGGAAAAUGCAAUUGAAGAAGAAGAAGAAAGAUUGGAGGUGAGCUUUGAAGACAACGAGGAAGACGAAGAAGAAGACGAUGAUAUACGUCUUCACGUUAAUCAUGGAUCAGAUGAGGCAUUGCCACCACCUUCUUUUUAUCAGUCUGCCUCAGCCAACUCGUCAAAUUCAAGUUUGAAAACGAAAACUAUAGAAAAAACCCUUUCAAACUCGUCAUCAAGCUCGUUGUUUGCAACUCCAAGAUCAGGAGCAAAAGCAAGUAGAUAUAAGAAUAUUUACGAUCAAUCAAAAAUUAUAUCAAAUGCAAUGAAAAUCUCGUCGGAAAAUGUUAGUGGCAUUGAACGAACCGUUACUCCUCCUUUGAAUCGCAAUAACAACAGCAAAUAUCUUAAUCAUUCUUCUUCCUUGCCCUCUUUGAAGGGAAAAAGGUCAUUCUCGCAUGUGCCACAAUUACGGUAUGGCGACACCAAGAGAGUUGCAUCUCCUAAAACUAACAUCACUAUAGAUACUCCUCCUACACCAGCAGCAGGUGUUGCAGUCUCUUCUUCAACCGGAUUGUCAUCAUCACCAUCAUCCAAAUCACCAGAUACCCAAUUUAUAUUGGAACUCCCUUCUGCCUCAACUCCAUCUACAUCAGCUACAACAUUGAGUACUUCUAGUAACUUAGAAUUAAAGAAGAGUAGAAACAGUCCAACAAGUGUCAACUCAGAAGCUUUAGAUUCAAAUACUACAUCAAGUACAAAUUCGACAGUAGAUACUGCAGCAUCACCAAGUCUUGCAGCAGAUAUCACAGGUAAUACUACGACACCGGCCAUUGUUGUCACAAAUGAGCAAACGCAACCUGAUAAGGAUCCGUUGUAUAUCAACACGAAUAUUAGUAGCGAUAAUACAACAAUUGAAAAAAGUGCAUCCACUAUAACGCCAUCAUCGGGAAACUCGACACCAUUGGUGGAUGCAUGUGUAUCACCUACAGCCGUUGUGUUCCCAGCACAAGAAGACUUUGAAAAAAAAGGAACUGGCCCCCAAUCGCCCACAAGACCGCAGUCACCUGCUGAAACGAGAAUUUUAAAUGAGACCAGAAUCCCUGUUUUCAAAAGAAAAAGUGCAUCAAAAUCUUCACUAACAACCCCGUCAUUACCGUCGUCUUCAUCAUCCUCUACACCAGAAGUUGGCCCUACUACUUCUCCACCAAAGCCACAAUACAUGAACAAACAUGAUUUCAUGCACAGAAGUUUGUUCAGAAGAAGAGGAUCCAAUGCGACAGAUACAUCUUCGGUGAGUUCCGUAUCGUCAAGAUUGAAACGAACCUCAAGAAUAUUCAAUUGGAUAAGAAACAAAUAA